CAGACAAACUCAUGUGCGUUUCAAAAAUGACGUUUAUAUCCCCCUAAUAAUUAUAUUCACUCUAUCCACUUUGACAAAAAGAUCACGUUAAUUUGAAUUCUAAGGGUAAAAGCGUCAAAGUAUGUCUCUUUUUCCGAGGUAAUAGCAAUAGGCAACUAGAGGAGACCGAUAACUCAAGCAAACUCAGAUUCUUGAUAGCGAUUUAAUGAAGACCCAAGAGUCCCAAGACCAAGGGCUGAUUAAUUAAUGCUGUUUUAACCAUAUGCAUAUCAUGGACACACUUUGUUCUCCGAGUCGACUCGUUCUGGUCACCUUCUUCCUCCUCUGCUUCUUUGCCGGAGAUUCAUCGGCGACGAGGCCUGGUUUCAUCUACACCAGACACAGAGGACGAUGCACGCCGCAGUAUUGGAGCAGCCAGAGGGAAGCAUGGCCGAGGAUGGUACCUGAGAGAUCAACCGUGGAGAAAAUAUUCGGAGUGAUGGUAGCAAAAGAACGGUGGAGAUCUGAUCUAACGCUAGUGGAAUCAACGGCUAGGAAUGACGAAGAAGGGAACGCGUACGGUGCAUUGCUGAAACAGGGGAUCGCAGCUCUGAUCAACUCUUACGCGAGAAAAAGUUUCUCUUAUGCACCAUGGGAAGUGAAGACGAUGCUGAUCCAAGCCAUGGUUUCGGAGUCGGCGGCUCGCCGGCAAGCCGAACAUUUCGCCGUCGCUAACGUUGCUUGUGACUAAAAACACUGAGACAGUUACUUUUGUCGUCUUUAGGUUUUGAAUUUAAGCUUUUUGUCGUGUAACCAAAGUUUGAUUCCGAUCAGUUUGCUACUAGAUUAUGGGCCUCCGAAAGGCCCAAAUUAAACACAGACCUUGAGCGCUUUGUAGUGUUUGGGAACGACUCUUCUUAUAUACUCUCUAUUUACUUAUUAACCCGACUCAGGAUAUGUAUAUCCGACUUUCCAAACAAAUCUUUAAAAUAUGGUACAGAUUCGAAUCUAAUCCCCUCUUCUUUUGUUUGUUUGUCAAGUA